UAUCAUGAGCGUGUGAGAGAUAUCUCAAAGGGAUGGCACCACCUGAGAUACUUGGCCGAUUUUAUGACAGUCUCCACUGUCCCUUUAAGAUGCAGGACAUUGACUCCUGAGGACCGACACGAGAGGUUGAACCGUGUUAACAUCUCAGUUGUCGAGUAUGGAGAUGAGAUGAGCUCGAAAGAUUUGAGAACUGCGGAUGAAUUGGAUGAGUUUCUUGGAAACUUAAACGAGGAAGGGGCAGCCCAGAAACAUCGACUUCUUGUGGUACAGGAUUUGUCCACUCGCAUGAUUGAAAAGCUGGGCUCAGCCUUCGACAUCGAGCCUGGAAUCUUUAGAAGCCACAUCGGUGAUUAUGUUUGGUUGAACACCAGAGACCCCCAAGCAGAGAUUCCAGAUCUUGAAUCUUUCUCUGUCAAGUCAAAUUACUUCAGCGCUCAAUACGUCUCGCCUAGAUAUUUCGAGAAUCAGGAACAACUCAACGCAGCGAAAGCUCAAGCUGAGUCUUUUAAUGUCCUAAGAAGAGUAGAUCAUGAUGGAAGGUUCAAAGAAUGGAGCGAUAUGCCAGGAAGUGAUGUUGGUUUAGUGAGGAGUAAAGUCUCGCUCUGGGUGAGACCGAAUAGGGGUUCCGAUCAAGGAUGGCUCGCAAUUUUAAUCGUCGACCCAACAAUCGACCAUGGGUUUCCACUCUGGUCCGGUUACGGAAACUUUCAUCCGCCUCCUAGCAUCAACACUCCUUUGGAAGAGAUCACAUUCCCCACUUACAGCAACUCGGUCCAGGAGUUCUUGUUCUGGACACUUAACCGCGCAAACACGCCGGCAAACGCACCACCAGUAGCUCCAGAUAUCCUCCCAUUAGCAUUCUUCACAAUGGUAGCCGCACAAUGGAUUCUCAUAUGCGAGUAUGUCAAUGCUCGUCUCGGCCAGAUUGAGUGGGAAACCGAGCUUGGCCUUUCGCACCUUUAUGCACAAGACUUCGACCAUACAUUGAAGAUACUGCUUAUGUGGAGACGGCGGCUCCCCAUUUACCACUCUUUCGUAGAACGCUCCAUUUCUCGGCUCUCAGUUCGGUACGAGUCUAAAGAGCCUACCCCAACUUCCGAGGGCUGGCGGGACGUUCUUACAAACUUCAGAGACAUCCUUCACAGGCUCGAGAUCUUGCACUGCAGAGCAGAUAAAAUCAACGGUGUUUCGAUGGCCGUCACAGCUCGUGAGGAAAGUAAGAAAGCAACGCAGGAAUCUCAUACGAUCACGAGAGUAAGCUACUUAGCUUUCGUCUUCGUUCCGUUGAACUUCUGGGCAGCUUUUUUUAGUAUGAGUGGAGAGCUCCCCGUAAGGACGUACUGGAUCUAUGGUGCCAUUGCUGUACCGAUUACUGUUUGUGUUUUAGCGGUGCUGGUAUUUGCCAGCAGCAUGGAGAAAUGGUGGAGGACCGUGAAAGAAGAAAGGGGUAAGAGAUGGGUUAGAAGGGAGAAGGUGUUUAGAGGUGACGUUUAAAAAAUAGGCUGGGGUGAAAUUAAGCACAGUUUUGUUUCAGUACAUUGGGAAUUGGCAGUUGGUAAUCGCGGUUUCUUUCUUGGGCCG